GACCCAGCUGGCUCGAGAGAAGCUCAGAAGAGAGCCAGCAGUCCUUGCAGAAAACACUAAGCACAAGGUGACGCUGGUCACCACCGACGCGCUGGAGGAGGUGCGAGGCCUGGAGAAAAUGCUCGUGGGCGACCAGGCCGCCCUCUUCAAGAAGAAGCUCUUCGUGCGGUCUUGCAGAGCAGCGGACUUCUGCUUGGCCUUGGGGGCCUACGAGAAGGAUUGCCAGUUUUUCAGAGAGUACUCCUACAUCGUCGCCAAUCGCGGGAAAGUAGGCUCGCUCGUCUUGGUGGCUCGGGACAAAGAGACCGAGCAGAUCGUAGGCUUCUUGCACGCAGACAAAGGCGAGAAGGAGCUGCUGAUUGGGCACCUCAAGGUGCACAAUGACCAUCAGGGCAAAGGUGUGGGAAAGUUGUUGAUCCAGGCUGCGGAGACUCAG